UGCCAUGAAGCUGGCAUUUCCCAGCUGCAGUAAAUCUACCAUGCGCCAACAGUUUAAUUAGCCAAGACAACAGGUGAACGUAAACAUGGAAGAGUUAUUCGCUUUCAGUUAAAACUUUCUUUUAGAUAGUCCGCCAUGGCGAAGCAGUACGAUGUUCUCUUCCGGCUGCUCUUGCUCGGCGAUUCGGGGGUCGGGAAGACCUGUAUGAUGCGUCGCUUCACGGACAGAGAGUUCGACUGUGGACACAUCUCCACCAUCGGUGUGGAUUUUAAAAUGAAAACGCUAGAAAUAGACGGAAUCAAAGUGCGAAUACAAAUAUGGGACACCGCCGGUCAGGAACGCUAUAAGAGCAUCACCAAACAGUACUACAGGCGUGCACAGGGUAUCAUCUUUGUUUAUGACAUUACAAACGAGCCUUCCUUUCAGCACAUAGUGAAGUGGGCCAGCGACGUGGAUGAGUUUGCCCCAGAUAAGGUACAGAGGAUCUUAGUCGGGAACAAAUCGGAUGACGACACCAGAAGGCGCGUGACAAAGGAAGAAGGAAGCAAGCUGGCUGAAAGAUAUGGAAUGGACUUCUUUGAGACCAGUGCAUCUACCAGCAACAACAUUGACAAGUCGUUCACUCAUGUGGCAAAACAAGUGCUGCAGGCUCACAAGACAGACGUGGACAACCUGUUGGGUUCGCUGGAUGAUUAUUUAAACAAGGCUGCGCUGGAUGAAAGCAGUCAAGAUCACGUCAACAGCAUUCAGAGGGUCUGUGGCUGUUAAAGACAAUCUUUUAAAAAUGGUAUUUCCUACGUUUUACUUUUUCUUUUCUGCUGGGUUUCAAAAUUAACUGUACACAGUUUACCACCAUGUACCAACAGAGGGCUGUAAUGUUCCACUAAGGUUCAACGUUAUCUGUACUAAUCAUAUUCCCCGCCCAUUAACUUAUAAUGUAUUGCUGGUUUGUAAAGAGAGUUAGAGGAAGAAGUUAAAUUAUUAACACUAUGAAACCUGAGGUUGCACUAGUUUACACAUGCAGUUAAGGUGAUCCCGCUUGUGUUUAUUUUAUUUCUGACUGCAGUACAUUUAUAUUUAACAUGUAACAAUUAUUGGCACCGGGAUUAAAUUACAUUUUUCAGCUUCUGCCCAAGAUGUUUUAACUUUAGCUGAAGAAUUGAAUGUAUUAUGUUGAGCUAAAUAAAUAUAAUGUUUAAAAAUU